AUGGUUCUGGCUAAAUCCAAAAACUCCGUGGGACUGGGUGCCAGUCUCAUGAACGAUCGGUUCGGAAAGGGCAAAGCAUCGAAUCAGAAGAAGGUCUCUCACAACAACGCCAUUCAGCGCACAGGUGUCAAUGGCGAAACCUACGUCACCAACGAGGCUAAGGAGGCCUCAUGGGUCAAAAUGCGCAGUAUCACUGAACAGGCUGCCCUCGACGAAUUCCUGAGCACCGCCGAAUUGGCCGGUACCGACUUUACCGCUGAAAAAAUCAACAACGUGAAGAUUAUCCACUCCGAUCAGAAGAACCCCUUCCUCCUAUCGGCCAGCGACGAGAAGAAGGCAUACAAGAAGCAUCAGGAGAACAAGGCUCGACUGACUGUUCCCCGACGACCCAAGUGGGACCAGAACACCACUCGCCAUGAACUCGAACAGAUGGAGAAAGCGAGUCUUUUGGACUGGAGGCGAGGUUUGGCCGAGUUGAUCGAGAACCACGAUCUGCUGAUGACUCCAUUCGAGCGCAACUUGGAAGUGUGGCGCCAGUUGUGGCGUGUUAUUGAGCGAUCCGAUCUUGUUGUUCAGAUUGUCGACGCCCGAAACCCGUUGCAGUUCCGUUCGGAGGAUCUGGAGAGCUACGUGAAGCAGAUCGAUCCUCGGAAGCAAAACUUGUUGUUGGUUAACAAGGCAGAUAUGUUGUCUUUGAAGCAAAGACAGGCCUGGGCUACUUACUUUGAGAAAAACAACAUCAACUUCCGUUUCUUCUCGGCUCACCUCGCCAAGGAGAAGAACGAGGCCCUCGCCUUGUUGGAGGAGCAAGAAGCUAACUCUGAUUCUGAUUCCGAACUUGCCAAGUCCGCUCAAAAGAUCAAUGUGAACGUACACCCCGAGGAAGAUGAUGGAUAUAAGAAGGAGGACACAGUGGAAGCAGAGAUUGCUAAGCUUGCCGACCCCGAGCGUUCGCUUGGACCUCACAUUUUGGACACCGAUGAGCUUGAACAGCUCUUCCUGGCCAACUCCCCGGAAACGCUUCCUUCCACCACCGAGGAUGGCGAGCCGACCAAGCCAAAGACUACAAUCGGUCUGGUCGGUUACCCUAACGUUGGUAAGUCUAGUACUAUCAACGCCCUUCUGGGUGCCAAGAAGGUAUCUGUCUCUGCCACUCCCGGUAAGACCAAGCACUUCCAGACUCUAUACCUCUCUCCAGAGAUCAUGCUGUGCGAUUGUCCCGGUCUCGUAUUCCCCAACUUUGCUACCACCAAGGCCGAGUUGGUCGUCAACGGUGUGCUGCCCAUCGACCAGCAGCGCGAGUUUACCGGCCCCGCCGGUAUCGUUGCCAAGCGUAUCCCCAAGCACUUCUUCGAGCAAGUGUAUGGUGUGAAACUCAGAAUGCGCCCCAUCGAAGAGGGCGGUACUGGUGUCCCUACCGCCAGUGAGAUUCUGCGCGCCUAUGCUCGCGCUCGUGGCUUCUCCACACAAGGUCUGGGUCAGCCCGACGAGUCCCGCGCUGCCCGUUAUGUGCUGAAGGACUACGUCAACGGCAAGCUCCUCUGGGUCAACCCUCCCCCGGUGGCUGACAACGAGACACCGUAUGACCCCGCUGAGUUCAAUAACGAGCUCUACGACAUCGCCCAUCUCCCUGAAAGACGCCGGGCUCAGAUCACACAAGCCAAAAUCGGCAAGCCCGCAGCUCCUCAGGAAACCGCGGACGAUCUCGACUCAGAGAAAAUGUCGGACCCCAAUCACAUUGCCGUCGAGCCAGAGCUUGGUCGCACCUCUCGCAACCUCGACACCGGCUUCUUCGGCUCAGAGACCGGCCCCUCUGCCGGCCGCAUGACCCUCCCCUUCCAGGCGCAGUACACCAAGCAGGGUGAGGAGAUGCGCAAGGCACCAACGGGUCGCAAAGAGCGCAUGAUGAUCGCGCUUGAGCGCGGCGUUGACGUCUCUGAGGUCAAGGGUGGAAAUUCCAAGAAGCACUUCAAGGGCAACAAGCGCCGGGCCAAGGGCAAACGCAACAACCCUGAAGAUGACGACUACUAA